AUGAGCAACAUUUGCGCGAAAAUCGACACUCCAUGCGAACUUCAAGCAUUUGACGCUGCUGUCCACAACCAUUACGUUGAGUCAGUGGCAAAACUAGCAACAAUCAUUGAUGAACCGACUCUGGUCCAGUCUAUUCGAGCCAAAACAAAUGGGUCAACAAAUGACAGAGAGGACUGGGCAACAUUAAAGGAACAGGGAAGUACGCUUUUCAAAGAAGGAGAUUAUUCCGCAGCGAUGAAUCUAUAUACGCAAGCAAUUAGUCUCUCACCUUCAAACCCGAUGUUGUAUUCGAAUCGAGCUCUAUGCGAGAUAAACUUGAAAAGGUUCGAAUUAGCUCGUGAAGAUGCCGAGGAUGCCAUUGAACUCGACCGUUCAAGUGUUAAACAUUUUCGCAUCCUGUCGGAAGCUCUCCUUGGACUUGGCCUGCUCGAUGAAGCGAAAUUGGCUUGUGCAGCUGGUCUUCAAUUGCAGCCACAUGAUUCUAUCCUCAUUCAGCGUGAACGUUUUAUAUCAGAGAUAAGCAAGGUGACGUUGGAUAAGCAGAACUCUGAACAGGUACCGCGAGACGAAGAUAUUUACGAUAUUACGGACAUGCAUACUUAUCUACAUAUCCACGACUUGCAACAGAAAACUGAUCAGCUCAAACAGACUGAAACACUUGAGAAUUUCACCGUCAUGCUGGAACUAACCAAACAGCAAGCUAUGCUUGGCUCUGCCGAAGCGCUUUGUGCAAUGGGUGCCUACUUCGACUCCAUCGGCACAUUGGAUCGUACAAAGUAUUUUUUUGAACAGGCGGCAGCACAACGACCGUAUAUUCGAGUCAAUGGUGUUAUUAUGCCCAACAAAGGUGUGGCAACAGCAGAAAACAAUUUGGGUGUCAUGUAUCUCAGCGGAAAAGGCGUCCCUGUCGAUCGUGAUAAAGCUAUCGAGUACAGUCGUCGAUCAGUUGAGCACGGAUUUCCUACGGCCCAUCAAAAUCUUGGCUUUGCUCUGUUGAACGGGGCUAAAGAUGAUGAAACGCUGAAAUUCGCCCGUGCGUCAUUUGCCAAAGCUGCUGACCAGGGUAUGGCUGCAGCUCAGUGGGCCUAUGCCAAUAUGCUUGUUGAUGGUCAAGGCGGCCCGUCGAUAUCAUGUAAUGCAGCAUCACAACAUUUACUCGGUGGACUCUACGCGUUCGGCCACGGAUGUGAACGGGACGCCGAAGAAGCAUUUUGCUGUUUCGAGCGUGCUAAAUCGCAAGGUGUCAAUAAGGAACAACUACGGACAACAACUGAUAUAUUCUCCUUCGAUCUCAAUCGUUCGAGUUUAACGACAAAAAUGGGCGCAGAGGUAUGUCAUUUCGAACACGCUCAACAGUUAACAUCAGAGAAAUUGACAAUCACCGAACGCAUUAAUCGUUUCUUAUUCAGCAAGCUCAAUACUACGCCCACAAAAGUUCCUGAUAAUCGCAGCCAGUAUGAAAUAAACUAUCCUUGGUUUUACAAGGAUAACAACAGAGAACAAAUUCAAAGACGAGCUCUUUCAGGUUCGGCGACGGCUGAGCGUGUCUGGGCUCGUCUUAUCACACUUCAGGAUGUUGUAGAUGAACUACGAAAAAAUCCAUCCUCCCGUGAAGCCUUGGCUAAAUAUCGUGCUGCUCGACAAGACUGUGCACCUCGUCUGUUUGCUCCAAAUGAUAUCGAAACGGUUGCUCAAACUCGCCUUGUCAAUAAUCCUAACGACGGCGAUUCGUUGUUUGUUCUAGCUAUCGGUGACAAAAAAAAGACCGGUCUUCAUCCCAUUAAAUUUUUAGAGCGUUGCGUUAGUCUCCAUCCCAACGAUGCUGACUUUCAUUUCUUGCUGGCCGAUGCCUACCACAAAAUUGGUCAAUACGAUCGUUGUCUGUCAGUGUGUACCCGUGCUGUUGAGCUGAGUUCGAACAUCGAUCACAUGAUUCUGCAGGUGGAUACUGUUAUUCGGCUCGAAAAGAUUCGCCGUUCAGCACGUUUACUGAAUGACGGAACUUACACGAAAGGGCCCACAUAUACCACUGACGAAAUCAUCGCUAUGUGCGAGCGUAUUUUGGAAUUGAUACCAACCGAUCAUGAACAAAUCCCCGAAACACAUUACAAACUGAGUGAAAUGUACUUGCUACGUGGACAUUACAAUGCAGCACGCGACCACUGGCAUGCAGCCCGUAAGAACGCUGCACCUGAUGUUCGACUUCCGUGCUUCGAGCCAGUGGACCAUGAUCGCUAUCUAAAUGUGAAUGCUUGGAUGAAAGAAAAUUAUGGAAAAAUAUGGUCAUCUGAUUCGAACAUGGUCGACGGUAGUACGGAGAAAAUAAAGGUCUGUUGUCAUUGUGGUAAAGUAAAACCAUCGAAGCGAUGCAUAUGUGGAUUAGCUAGCUACUGCGAUGCCAAGUGCCGGAAAGCCCAUUGGUCUAAGCACAAGUUGAUUGAUGUACACAAGAAGAAAAACUGA